AUGCCAUCCCUGCACCAUGGAGCCAUCUUUGUCGGAGCCUUCCUCAUCGUUACCGGGGGGUCCACAGCCUUCCUGGCCUCGUACCAGAGCAGGCUGCAGGCCUUCUCCCUCUGCUGCGUGGUGCUGGGGGUGGUCAUGCUCAUCCUGGGGCUCUUCUGGGCCAUGAACAGCAAGAGUGUCUCCAACUACAACCACCGGGACUUCGACCCAGACUGCCCACACUACCCCUACAAUGACUACCCCAACUUUGGGGGCCAUGCGCUCUUCACCCCGCCAGGAGGGCGCUUCCCAGAGUCCCAGUCUGUGUUCCUGCCCAGGUGGGUAAAAAAACAACCAGAGCUUACAUCCCUCUGCAUGUUUCUGUCAGUGGAAAAACCAGUAAGAUUGAAGUUCAAUGAUCAAGAUCAACCUGGAGAUUUAGCUUAAGUACCCAGUGAAGGGAAAACCAGUUAACAUCUUAAAACCCUCUGGAAAGACUUACAUUUUACAAUCUCUUUAGGAAUCACUCUACAUUAUACAACCUCUAAGGAAACCAGUUAGAAGCCAGUUUCGAUGAUACAUUUAAGAAGUCUUUUUCUCCAUUUCUAUGAAAUUGGUUCUUUUUCUGGAUUUGAAGGAGAGCACAUGAAGGGUAAUAUCGCCCUCUGCUGGCAGAGCUUUGUCCUGACUAAAGCAUGGUUUUAAUAACUGUCCAAAGAGACAGGAUCGAAGUUUUCUGACUACAGAUAUUAACACAUAGUGAAUUAAUAUUGAUACAUGAAUAUGUGCUAUAUCAAAACUAGAGUACCAAUAGGCACAAACAGUGAAUUGAAUAUGGCAGGUUAAUAUUUUAAGAAGUUUUUUGGUAACACUUUACAAUAACCAUAACUUAUAAAUGGUAAAUAAACCAUUUAUAAAUGGGAAGCAGAUAGUUUAUAAAUGUUUAAUAAUCAUUUAUAAAUUGCAUAUAGACCAUUAAUAAAUUGUAAAUUUUACAAUUUUAAAAACCUAACCCUUACCCUAACCCCAACUUUACAAUAACCAUCUAAGUAAUGUUUAAAGGUGGUUUAUAAACCACUUAUUAAUCAUUCACAAAGUGCUACUGACACACAAUUUAAUCUGGAUGUUUUACAACCAAUAUUUAAAUCUUAUAUAAACCUUAAAUAAAUAGACCAUUAAUAAUAAAUGAAGAUUAUUAAUCAUAAUUUCAUUGCUUGAUGCUGGUAAAGUAACUAUUAACUUACACAAAUAAACUAUUUAUUUACCAUUUAUAAAUUAUGGUUAUUGUAAAGUGUUACCAGUUUUUUUGUCUUUCAAACUGCUGAUUUGUCUUUUCCUGGUAUGGAUGAUAAACAUUAAAAUAAAAGAAAAUCACACAGCCUGUUAGCUUAGCUUAGUUUAGCACACAAACAGGAAACAGUUAGCCUGGUCCGAUAAAUGGGAUAAAGAGGUUAGUUCACCUCUCAGAUAGAUGUUAGAGGAUAUGUGGGCAUGUGAAUCUGGCUGCUAACUGUUGCCUGGUAACCAGCACUGUCAAUCAAAGUGUUGACCUAUAGUUUUAAAUGGUGAACUAUUGGUCUGUUGUUUUUGUGGUCUUAGUAAAACAGGUGAUUCAGCUCCAGUAAUAAAAAUUAAAUUGAUAAAAAAAUUAAAAAAAAAAAAAUAAUAAAUUGUUUUACUGUUUUGAAAGUCUGUCAAAAUUGAGGUACUCCUAAUAUCACAAAGAGGGACAAAUAUAUGGUAAUGUAUGGUCAUCAUGUCUGCAACAGUUUUCUAGGAGCAUUCCCUUUGGCUUUUACAGGUGCUAGGUUUAAACUGAAUCAGAUCAGAUUUCUCCUUUCUGCUGGUUUUGUUUUCGGUAAAGAGCAGAGGGCUGAAUGGUACAGUGAGUGUGCCACACUAAGUUGCCUGAGAGGAAGCCUGACAAAACCUGAAGCUGCUCAGAUACAAGACAUGGUUAUUACCUGCAACAGUUUUUAAAGAUCACAAAGUGUGUGCAUCAUGAUUUUCUGCUAGCCUCUUUUUACCGUAAAGAUCAUAAAGUUUGAGCAACAUGACUUCUACCUGUCCCUGUUUUCUUCAGGACAAUGGAACGCCAUCGUCAUGGAACUCGUGGUGAUGAGUUUGACUACCCUCCUAUGGAGCCUGUUGGUUUCAGUCCACCUCCACACCCACCCCCGUGGCUGGAGCCCCCUCCUCCCUAUGAAGUCGCCAUCAAAACCACCUGUAGCUCUACUCACCUGCGGCGUGCAUAUUCAGACACUCACCUGGCCACAGAGCCUUUAUUUGCACAGUCCAGAGAGAUCAGCUUUGAGGUGUGA